AUGGAUACUAAUAACGAUAGUCCAUAUGAUGUUCUUUUCGAACGUUCAUUAGCAAUUAUUGUUCGUGAAUAUGGUUUUGAUAAUAUUGAACUUUCUGCCUAUCAUCAAUUUCUUGAUAUAUCAAAUAACAUACUUCGUCGUUUAUUACUCAAUGUUAAAAAUCUUAUGGAAGUUCAAUCACGUACUGAACCAUGUCCAUCCGAUGUAGUACGUUCAUUACAAAUAAUGAAUGUUAAAUUAUCUUCAUUACAACAAACAUUUAAUCAUCCGAUAAAACAUCGUCUUCGUUCACCUGAUCGUCAAACAGAAACAAAUCCAAUGAAAUUAUUUCGUGUAACACAUACAACAAAUAAUAAUUCUUCACGUAAACAUCGUCCAAUCUAUAUACCAGAUUUUUUACCUGAAUUUCCUGAUCCUCAUACAUUUAUUUCAAGUGAAACAUAUGCUGAUUUACGUAAAGAUUAUCCACGUGUUCGACAAUUAUUAGCUGAUCAACGUCGAGCAUUACAACGUUCAUUAGUUAAAUUUAAAUUACAAACAAAUGAUAAAAUAUCUGUUAUUAAUAAUCAUGGAACGAAUAUUAAUGAUUAUUAUCUUAUUAAAAAUACACUAUCACCAUUACCAUAUCUUUCAGCUCUAUUACCUCAAGAUCAAAUGGAUUCUGAAAGUACAGAAUCAAUGGAAGAUGAAACAGUAGCAAACGUAUCAAAUAGAACACAGUCUUUGUCAGCUACAGAUGAUGGCGAGAUGUAA